GAGGCGGGGCUAGUGUCGGCGCCUGCGGAGCCGCAGGGCUGCGGGAGCCUGCUGGGCGGCGGUCAUGCUGCUCUUCUGUCCCGGCUGCGGGAACGGGCUCAUCGUGGAGGAGGGACAGCGCUGCCACCGUUUCGCCUGCAACACCUGCCCCUACGUGCACAACAUCACCCGCAAGGUAACAAAUCGGAAGUAUCCAAAGCUGAAAGAAGUGGAUGACGUGCUGGGCGGAGCGGCGGCCUGGGAGAACGUGGACUCCACUGCAGAGCCGUGUCCCAAAUGUGAGCAUCCUCGCGCCUAUUUCAUGCAGCUGCAGACCCGCUCUGCCGACGAGCCCAUGACCACCUUCUACAAGUGCUGCAACGCGCAGUGCGGACACCGCUGGAGGGACUAGGCCAGGCUGCCAGCGGUGCGGUGUCUGUUUUCCCCAGGGGGUUCCCAGCUGGGAGAAGGCACUUGUGUCCCGAGGGCCUUUGCUGGCGUGGAGAAAUGGAUAGCCUGCCUGCCAAAUCAGUGGCUGAACUCAUUAAUGUCCAGGGGGAGUUUGUGUGUGGGCAAGAUUGUCCACAACUAAUUAUACUCUGUUUAAGGUCCUGUUCAUUCAUCUUUCACAUUUAUUGGGCAAUUGACAUUCUUUUCCCAUUAACCCACACUCUUAAAUAUUUAUAUUGUAUGCAUAACUAAUAAAGUAAAACUAAAUUAGUACAUUAAUUGUUCCUAAAUAUUUAACUGUUAAGUGCAAACUUAUCUAUCAAAAUUUAUCCUGAAUACUUAAUUAAAAUGAAAAGUUUAA